AUGUUUAGGAAGGCAAAUUUUCUCUGCUGCGAUGGCCUCCAGCUUCUGAGCUCGCCAAUCGCAGCCUUGCCACACCCCCGUCCCAGCUUCGGAGCCGCAGGCUAUAGACGACUCUGGGCAACACACACCAACAGGACCUAUGCCACCGCAUCGGAUCCCCCGGAGCAUGUAUAUACAUGGCCUAGCACGCCUAACUUCACUCCAUAUGACGUCCUCCACUUAAAUCGCACCGCCCCGUACUCGAAAGGCCGGUACUUCGAGCUUGUGAAGAUCUACCACCCAGAUCGGCCCUGCAACGAGCAUCCUCUUUGUCGAAACAUCACCGCCGAAGUCCGUCUACAGCGGUAUCACAUCGUGGUCAACGCGCACGAAAUCCUCUCCGAUCCCGACAAACGGGCCGCCUACGACCAGUUCGGAACGGGAUGGAAACAUCAGCCCAAACGAUAUAACACCGUAGCGGAUGCAACGGCAGAGUGGGGACCAUACGGUCCAACAAUAUACGCUAAUGCUACCUGGGAAGACUGGGAGCGAUGGCAUAACCGUCACGGAGAGAAGCAACAGAAUGUCGUCGACCACCGCACUUUCACCCGGCUCGUGAUCCUUCUUACCCUCUUCGGAGGAGCUGUUCAGGCAUCCUGGAUUUCUCAGUUGAACACUGGAUAUGAGCAACGUCUGCGCGAAGUCAACGAGGAUUCUAUGCGUUUUCUCACCGGCCGCCGACAGCAUACUGUCCAGCAGAUGCCCUCGAACGAUGCUCGUGUGCAGAGUUUCCUCAUUCGGAGGGACCCGACUGGAUCGGGUCUCAAAAAUGAAGAGCACCCUGUUUAUGAGAGGGAGCUCAGUUCUCGGACCGGCUUGUCUGACGUAGACUUGGCGGGUGAUCGCCAAGAGGGGUUGGAGACUGUGGGAACUGAACAGGCCGCAGAGAGAUCGAAAGAUUCUCAAGAUCGAUCUGAUCUGAUCUGA